GAGGCAAUCUUCAAACAACACGAACCUAAUUGUCGCUCCGACCAAACACACUAAUGUAUAUAGCAAAUGUUAUAUAUGUAUUCAUUUUUAUUAAAUAUUCAACAGUGAAUGGCGAGAACGAGGAAACGGAUUUAUACUAUUAUGGACUAGAGGAAAGUGAGCGAAGUCUUCCCCGUUGCGAGGACGGCGAGGCGUGCUCGGUGUUGCUGCGCCGCUACUGGCGCCCCCCGGCCCUGGUGCGGCUCUGCCGGUGCUCCCGACGCACGCGCUGCGAUAAGAUCGCGUCAGGAGACAGACUGGUGGAACUGAACAACCGAUCGGACUUGCAGUUCUGCAAUCCGGUCACAGAAUGGCCGGAGUGUUCCAUCAACGAAGCGCCUCUCAAGAUCGAAACAGCGUACGAGCGCAUGAGUCCCGAUGAGAUCGAACUAUUGCACCGCCAGAGCAUACAGCUCGCGCCGCCGAGGAUACGCCUCCGGUGCCUUUGCCCGAAACCAAACUAUUGGAAAUUAAAAACCGAAGACAGCGACACAAACCUAACAUAUCGCUGCUCGUCUCUGCCGCUCUGUAAAACCGGUGACGUCUGCGGGAACGUGGACGACGUCCUGCUAUCUCUGUAUCAGUCGUGCCUGUGUCCCAAAAACCACAUCUGCGUGCACAGCGGCGGAAGAACGCAGAUCCAGAUCUCGGAGCCGCUGUAUCGGGGGAGGGGCUGGCGUGCCCGCUGUCAAGCUCUCAGUGACGAGGAUAGCUACGAGGAUUACUGAUCACGUUACACACCUGC